AUGCAAUUAGCUUCAAACAGUGAAUCCCAACCCAUCUUGAAUCACUCGUGUGAGAUUAUUCCUGAUAACGAUGAUAUAGAGAAUGUUGGUGUCAUUACAGAUCAACCACAAUGCCGAAUAUGCCUUGAUUUUGAAGGAGAAGACUUAAUUGCCCCCUGCCAUUGCAAAGGUACACAAAAAUAUGUUCAUAGAUCGUGUUUGGAUAACUGGAGGUCUACCAAGGAGGGCUUUGCUUUUUCUCACUGUACAGAGUGCAGAGCUGUCUUCAUUUUACGAGCAAAUGUCCCAAAAGAUCGCUGGUGGUUGAGGUUGAAGUUUCAGUUCCUUGUUGCCAGAGAUCAUGCUUUCAUUUUCAUCAUCGUUCAACUGGUUGUUGCUUUCUUGGGGGUGCUUAUUUACAAAUUCUAUGGGGAUGAACUUAGAGAAAUGUUUGGUUAUGAACAACAUCCAUAUGGAUUUUAUACAAUGGCUGUUCUAGCCAUUAUUUUGGUGGGUUUGCUCUAUGGCUUCUUUAUAGCAAUAAUAUGUGGCCAACGAAUCAAUGAACGCCACUACCAUGUUCUUGCCAAACAAGAAUUGACAAAGGAAUAUGUGGUAGAAGAUCGAGAACAUGUAAAGAAUGUGCCCGAACUCGACCCCAGCCAUGUGACAGAACUAAGGAUGCUGGGCCUUUACUAG